AUGGAGACUGAAACCCCCGUCUUCCAUUAUGAGGAAAAGAAGUCCGACAUCGAGGAGCAUGUAUUCUCCUCUGAUAGGGAAGUCACGGACAUUGAGCUGGAGGAGUUGACGGCUUUGGUCAAGGAAACUCUUUCCGAACACGAGAUGGACGGCAAUUUCCCACAGGAGAUGCUGGAUGAGGCACGAGAGUUUCUGGCGAAAGAUCCAAAGCAAAUCACUGCUUUGGAGGCCCAGUCGCCCCUUCAAGAUAUUCGUAAGCAGCGUGAUAUCUUGUUGAAUGACUCGCCCUAUCCCGAAGUCCGUGCUGUCGUCGAUCCUACGGAUGAUCCUACUGUGUCCGCCAACACCUUUCGAGCUUGGUUCACUGGUUUGUUGCUCACCAUUGUCUUCACCGGUGUCAACCAGCUGUUUACCCUGCGAUACCCGUCUAUUUUUCUCUACUCCUAUGUGUCGCAGGUCGUAGCCUACCCCAUGGGCAAGUUUAUGGAGAAGUGGCUGCCAACUCGCCAAUACUCUCUAUUUGGCUACCGCUUCUCGUUUAACCCAGGUCACUUCAAUCAAAAGGAGCACAUGUUGAUCACCAUCAUGGCCAAUGUUGGAUACGGAGGUUACCUGGGCACUGCCUACACUACCAACAUCUUCACCGUGCUGAAAGUGAAGAAGUGGUAUGAUGAUACCACGCUGUACAACAAAGCUGGUUUCCAGAUUCUUAUGACACUCUCGACUCAAUUCCUGGGAUACGGAUGCGCGGGUCUGGUGCGCCGCUUCUUGGUCUUGCCACCUUCCAUGAUCUUCCCCAAGGCGUUGGCGACCAUUGCUCUCAACAAGGCUCUACAUAGUGACGACAAGGGGGAGAUCGUGCACGGGUGGACCAUGUCCCGUUACCGAUUUUUCGUGUAUACAUUCUGUGCCAUGUUUUUCUGGUAUUGGCUCCCAGGAUAUCUCUUCCAGGGUCUGUCCUAUUUCAACUGGAUGACCUGGAUUGCUCCGGAAAACACCACCCUAGCGGCCGUUACUGGUAGUAUCACAGGACUGGGAAUUAACCCGUGGCCCACAUUUGAUUGGAACAUAGCGUCAAUCGUCUACGAUCCCAUCAUUACUCCCUACUAUGCCUUGGUGACAAUUACCCUGGGAACACUCUUCCUCUGUAUCUGCGUUACCAUCCCAAUUUGGUGGACGAAUGUCUGGCAGACCGCAUACUUCCCGAUCAUGAGCAAUUCUCUAUUCGAUGAUACCGGUGCCACGUAUAACGUUUCGAAGAUCAUGGUGGAUGGUGCGUUCAGCGCCGAGGCCUAUGAAGCCUACAGCCCUCCUUACAUGACUGCCUCAUACGCCGUCAUGUUCUUCUGCUUCUUUGGAGCGUACAUGGCGGGAGUUGUUCACAUCAUCCUUUACAAUCGAUCAGAGUUGAGCAAGGGAUUCAAGGCUCUACUGCAGUGGAAGAAUGCUCGCGAGGACCACGAAGAUGUCCACAACCGUCUGAUGAAGAAGUACAAGGACGCCCCAGACUGGUGGUAUCUCAUCAUUUUGGCCCUUUGUUUUAUCGUCGGCUGUGUCGUAGCCCAUGUCUACACUCCAGGAUUCCCCAUCUGGGGCAUGGUCGUCAGCUUACUCCUAUGUCUCAUCUUGCAAGUCCCCUACGGCAUGGUGUAUGCCAUCACCAACGCCGAAGUGACCAACAAUGUCCUUGCCGAGUUGAUUGCCGGAUACGCUCUCCCCAACCAGCCAAUUGCUAACAUGAUCUUCAAGACCUACGGUGUCGUUUCCUGCGCCCAGGCCAUCCAGUUCGUCUGCGAUUUGAAGAUGGGCCACUACAUGAAGAUUGCUCCCCGCACCAUGUUCAGUGCGCAAUGCAUUGCCACCGUGGUCGCUGCUUUUGUCAGUAUCGGAGUGAACGCCUGGGCGCUGGCGAAUAUCCCCGAUAUCUGCGAGACGGGCCAGGCAUCCGGAUUCAACUGCGAGGGCUAUACCACCUUCUUCACUUCCUCGGUCAUUUGGGGUGCCAUUGGACCUAGGAGACUCUUCGCCGAGGGAACGAUGUACAACGCCACCUUGUACGGAUUCCUGUGCGGUGCCCUCCUGCCCGUGCCGUUCUACUUGCUUUCCAAAUACUACCCCAAGUCUGGUGCGCGAUACAUCUACUCACCGCUGCUGUUGUAUGGAAUGAUGAACUUUGCUCCUUACAACCUUACCUAUGCAGUCGCUCCGCUGCUCGUUGGUACCGUCUUCAACUUCUAUAUCAAGCGUCAUUAUCUUGCUUGGUGGGAAAAGUACGCCUACGUGCUUACUUCCUCCUUUGGUGCUGCUUUAGCUAUUUCCGCUGUGAUUAUCUUCUUUGCCGUCGAGUACCACCCCGUUAGUGUUAAAUGGUGGGGAAACUCAGUUUCGUAUGCUGGUUGUGAUGAUAGCGGCUGCACAUUGCUCGCUGUUCCUGCUGGCGGAGUUCCAACAUGA